AUGGACCCGGAUCGUGAAGCGCGGGAUCAAGAGGAGCGUGAGGAGAGGCGUAAACGCUGGGAUCUCAGGAUCCGCAACGAGGAACUAUAUGAGGAAGGACGGGAUGGAUUGGACACCACCGAUGUGACAAUUCGAUUAAGUGAUGGCACCGAACUGCGCGCCCAUCGAGAAGUUCUGGAGGGCCAAAGCGCUUUCUUCAGAAAUGCUCUCAAGCCCGGAACCUUCAAGGAGAGCUUUACAGGAGUAAUCAGCUUACCGAACGACCCACCGCAAGCCGUCAGAGCCAUGAUCGAGUUCUUCUACAUGUUCAGAUACACUGUACCCUCGGAUCGCUGCUUCACGGAUCUCGACUUCGCGGAUGAGAUAUUCCAUCAUCUGGACAUGCUCGACUUCGUGGAUGAGGUAUUCCACCACCUGGACAUGCUCGACAUCGCGCGAAUCUACAUGCUUGAUGAGCUCCACGAGAAUGUGGAUAACAGGCUCACCUAUCUGAUCAGAAACCGUUGGAAUUACAUGAAGGAUAACAUGUUCCUCGUUUUCGAGUUGCUGGAUGUGCUGGACAACCGGAUGAAGAGCGCCGGGGAACUUGUUUGGUCUUCCGUGAACUACAUGGAGGCGUUCAUCGAAGAUGAUGUGUGGACCAAGCUCCACGAACAGGCCCCCGACUUCAUUGCAGCUCUCCAGUCGCAAUCCGAGUACCGCUGGCCUCUGCUGAGCUGCCGUGGGUCUGGAAUGUUCCUCGAUCGCCUUGGAGGCGAGCAUUCUGUCGGAAUGGUGAUUCACCACAUGAAGUGUCCGUCAUGCGGACUCGUUCAGGAGGCAGCACUGGGGCUGGUGAAGCCGGCGAUGAUCAAAUGCCGGGGCUACUACUGGUACGGUGCGUGCGGCGGUGGCCGGGCGCCCAGCGAUGAAUACUUUGAUGUCACCAAGGACAAUCAGAGGAAGAACAAGAAGAAAAGAAAGGCAAAGAAGCAGCAGAAGGAGAAUAAGGUAAAGAGGAAGGCGACGAAGAAGAAAAAUAGCCGCGGCUAA